UUCUCUCCUUCAGCCUACCUGCAGCUCCCAGAGACUCCACAGGAGCACCUGCACACAAACGGAACAAAUGUGUCGUCUAAAGCCUUGUUAAACGUGCCCGUGGAUAACAAUCUGUGGACUUUACCCUGUUGAGAAGGCAGGUCGUCCACCUGGUUCACACGUUUCCGCUGAAGCAUUAACUCCUGCUACGAAGUGAAAGUAAACGUAAAACGCGGAUGCACAAGAGAUCUUUUUGUGCAUUUUGAAAUGGCUGACUGGUAUUUUCUCAUCUUUUUCCUCGUCAUUCCCUCGUGCCUGGUUGCUGGGCAGACUUCAACAUUUGGUCUCAAAGGGGAGGAGGCCUCCUUGAAGCCAGACAUCACUGGACAGCCCGAUGGAAUUCUGUGGAAAUUUAAAGGCAACAAAGUGACAGAGUUUGAUGGCAAAGAGCAACAUGUGUACAGUCCAUAUGAAAACAGGAUCACUCUUGACUGGGUCACUGCAGAACUCACUAUCUCUCACCUCAGAUUGGAAGACAGCGGAGAGUACAAACUGAUAAUGAAGAUCAACAACAAGUUGCAUACAACAUACUAUGCACUGAAGGUCAUGGACAAAGUCAGCAGACCCACCAUAUCCUGUAAGAUGAAGGAGGGCGGCAGCGUGAUCUCAUCCGGAGAGCUGGUGUGCUCUGCAGAGCCUCAACCAUCACUGAAGUUUGAGUGGGGAGCUUCUGGAAAGCUGCAGGUCGGCCCAAAGCUGCAAAUACCUCUGGGGGAGGAACAUGAUGAUGAAGUAUACAGUUGUAGUGUGAGCAACCUGCUGAGCAAGGAAACGACUACAUUCACUGCAAAGGAUUGCUACCCAGAAGAAAGUUCAUCUGUAGCAGCGAUCACCAUUGCAGUCAUCAUCAUUGCUCUUGUGUUACUCCUCGUGUGUGUGGCCAUAUUUUGGCUUAAACGACACAAUAAAGCAUGUUUUGCAGAAGAUGAUUUGGAAAAACAAUCCUCACCUGGAAGUCAAGAAGGUUCAAAUAAGAAGGAAGCUCAGAAUGAUGAAAAAAGGAAUCUUGUACACAGAGAAUCAACUCUUCCCUCUGAUCAAAAGCUUUUCCAAGGAUAUAAAUCUAGAAAUACAUUUUCUGACAAACAAAACGAAGGGACGGAUUCGGACCAGGAAGAACCUAAAAUGAUUAAACUAGAGGAGAUGCAAAAUAAAGGACAUGUUGAAAAUGCAAAAAAAAAAGUUCUUGGAUCAAAAGGAGAUGCAGAUGCAGUCCGUCCCACAGAGACUCCACAGGAAAACGUCCCACUGAUCAACCAAUCAGACUCUGUGGAGGAGAAGGACCCAGAACCUGCUGGUGUGUCGGACCACGUCAGUGAGGACAAGGAGUCUAGUCCUGAAGGCCCCAAAUCUCCUGAACAUCCAGAACCUAAAAUGAUUAAACAAGAGGAGAUGCCAAAUGAAGCACAUGUAAAACGUGUCAAAAAACGUUUAGGAUUAGAAGAUGAUCAUCAUGAAGGAGAUGCAGAUGCAGUCCGUCCCACAGAGACUCCACAGGAAAAAGUCCCACUGAUCAACCAAUCAGACUCUGUGGAGGAGAAGGACCCAGAACCUGCUGGUGUGAUGGACCACGUCAGUGAGGACAAGGAGUCUAGUCCUGAAGGCCCCAAAUCUACUGAUCAUCCAGAGCCACUAAAGGAGGCAGAAGCUCAGUCUACUGAUGUUGAAGCUUCCCCGGCUGAUCAGGAACUUUCCCCUUCGACCAAAAGCUCUCUGAAUAUGGACCCUAAAGACCAAAAGGACGUCACCAACUCAGGAGAUGCAGAUGCAGUCCGUCCCACAGAGACUCCACAGGAAAACGUCCCACUGAUCAACCAAUCAGACUCUGUGGAGGAGAAGAACCCAGAACCUGCUGGUGGGUCGGACCACGUCAGUGAGGACAAGGAGUCUAGUCCUGAAGGCCCCAAAUCUCCUGAACAUCCAGAACCUUCAAUGAUUAAACAAGAGGAGACGCCCAAUAAAGGACAUGUAAAAAGCAUGAAAAAACGUUUAGGAUUAGAAGAUGAUCAUCAUGAAGGAGAUGCAGAUGCAGUCCGUCCCACAGAGACUCCACAGGAAAAAGUCCCACUGAUCAACCAAUCAGACUCUGUGGAGGAGAAGGACCCAGAACCUGCUGGUGUGAUGGACCACGUCAGUGAGGACAAGGAGUCUAGUCCUGAAGGCCCCAAAUCUACUGAUCAUCCAGAGCCACUAAAGGAGCCAGAAGCUCAGUCUACUGAUGUUGAAGCUUCCCCGGCUGAUCAGGAACUUUCCCCUUUGACCCAAAGCCCUCUGAAUAUGGACCCUAAAGACCAAAAGGACGUCACCAACUCAGGAGAUGCAGAUGCAGUCCGUCCCACAGAGACUCCACAGGAAAAAGUCCCACUGAUCAACCAAUCAGACUCUGUGGAGGAGAAGAACCCAGAACCUGCUGGUGGGUCGGACCACGUCAGUGAGGACAAGGAGUCUAGUCCUGAAGGCCCCAAAUCUCCUGAACAUCCAGGUUUGGGGACUACAAUAAAACCUUCAAUGACUAAACAAGAGGAGACGCAAAAUAAAAGUGACUGUAAAACAAGUUUUACAAUCCAUCUCACAGAGCCUCCACAGGAAAAAGUCCCACUGAUCAACCAAUCAGACUCUGUGGAGAAGAAGAACCCAGAACCUGCUGGUGUGAUGGACCACGUCAGUGAGGACAAGGAGUCUAGUCCUGAAGGCUCUAAAUCUACUGAUCAUACAGGUUUGGGGACUACAAUAAAACCUAAAAUGAUUAAACAAGAGGAGAUGCCAAAUGAAGAUGAUCAUCAUGAAGGAGAUGCAGAUGCAGUCCGUCCCACAGAGACUCCACAGGAAAAAGUCCCACUGAUCAACCAAUCAGACUCUGUGGAGAAGAAGAACCCAGAACCUGCUGGUGUGAUGGACCACGUCAGUGAGGACAAGGAGUCUAGUCCUGAAGGCCCCAAAUCUCCUGAACAUCCAGAGCCACUAAAGGAGGCAGAAGCUCAGUCUACUGAUGUUGAAGCUUCCCUGGCUGAUCAGGAACUUUCCCCUUCGACCAAAAGCUCUCUGAAUAUGGACCCUAAAGACCAAAAGGACGUCACCAACUCAGGAGAUGCAGAUGCAGUCCGUCCCACAGAGACUCCACAGGAAAAAGUCCCACUGAUCAACCAAUCAGACUCUGUGGAGGAGAAGGACCCAGAACCUGCUGGUGGGUCGGACCACGUCAGUGAGGACAAGGAGUCUAGUCCUGAAGGCUCUAAAUCUACUGAUCAUCCAGAGCCACUAAAGGAGGCAGAAGCUCAGUCUACUGAUGUUGAAGCUUCCCCGGCUGAUCAGGGAUUUUCCCCUUUGACCCAAAGCCCUCUGAAUAUGGGCCCUAAAGACCAAAAGGACGUCACCAACUCAGGAGAUGCAGAUGCAGUCCGUCCCACAGAGACUCCACAGGAAAAAGUCCCACUGAUCAACCAAUCAGACUCUGUGGAGGAGAAGGACCCAGAACCUGCUGGUGUGAUGGACCACGUCAGUGAGGACAAGGAGUCUAGUCCUGAAGGCCCCAAAUCUACUGAUCAUACAGGUUUGGGGACUACAAUAAGUGAGCUGCAUUAUAAUACAAACUGGGAAAAAUAA